AUGUUUAUUCUACAGACUACUACAGCUGUACUCAUUGCGUUUGUUGCGGUCAUUGCCUACAAUGAAAUUCGAAAUCGUCUUGCGAAAGGACGAUCAAGAAGAAAGGAUCUUGAAACCCCAGGCAGCCCAACCAUACCAGCCACGAACGACGCCAAACCACCGGUGGAUGACGGGACUUUGGAGACAUCUGUCAUCAUUCAGACGAAACACUCAAUCGACCCCGAACUUGAGAGAUACAAGCAGCUUUACUACAAACUCCAUCGUCUCGAACACCACCCCGAAAUCCUACCAGAGUGUCGCGAGCUCCUCCUUGGUCUCCUCUCCUCAACUAUCGCCGACGCAGCCAAGGAACCCCACAGCGGAAUCUUAACCGUCGAACAAUUCUCGCGCGACGGAUUAGAUGAGUUCCUCAAAGCCAAGGACGUCGACGUCACCAACCGCUGGGAGGAGUACCUUACGCGUCGCAGAGCCGGUGGAUCCCGCGAGAUGUUCAGUGACAAGGAGGAAGCGAAGUGGUGGCUCAAGCAAGCAGCACCAGUCAAGUACGUCGAUGGCGCAUGGCUCGGACACAUCAACAAGAUUAGCACGCCAUUCAAGUACCGUCAAAUCACCAAGAAUGCCUGGCAGGUCAUGUCCGAAGAACUUGGGGACGGAGAUCUCGCAAAGAAUCAUGUCCAUGUGUAUCGAGAACUGAUGGAGGACAUUGAAGCUAGGCUUCCCGCUGCUGAUUCAGAAGAUUUCAUUCAUCCCCGUCACAAUUUGACUGAAGCACGCUGUUGGAAAGCCGCCAUGGCACAGCUCACCAUCUCCUUGUUCCCCCACGAGUUCUUUCCAGAGGCUUUGGGCUUCAACAUGGCGUACGAGAGUCUGCCGCUCCACUUGUUGAAGACCGUCAAGGAACUGCGCGAACUUCGAUUAAACCCCUACUACUUCGAGCUUCAUAUUUCCAUCGAUAAUGCCGAUUCGGGUCACGCCGCGAUGGCAAUGGCUGCAGUUACCAACUACAUCGAGUUGGUUGCAGAGCAAGAAGGGGAGGAGGCGGCGCGUAUUGCGUGGAAACGCGUACAGGCUGGCUACAUCCUCGCUGAGGGCUUGCCUACGACUCCCGAAAGUCCAUCGCUCAAGGUCCAGGCCGAAGAGCCCUUUCCUCGUACGGGCACAGAGGCGGCGUUGGUCGACAUAUUCGCUGCAAAGAGCUUUGUUGCUCAUAAAAUCCACUGUAACAGUCGCCUGAAAAUUGGCCGCCGUUCUUUGGUGGACUGGCUAGAGCCGAAUGCUUUCAAAGACGCUCAGUGGCAGAAAGAAUUCCUACAUGAUCUGAGUAACUGCAAACCUUGGGUUAUAAAGGGCGACAGUGAAAAGAGCCGACUGGUCAAGGAGUUAUCAUGGGAAGGCAAGAUGUUUGGAAGUUUUACUGAGAAAGAGGUGGAAGUCGUGAAAGCGUGGAUCGACGAACUUGGCUCACCCACCCAGUCUCCGAAGUCUGAUCCAAACGUGUACUUUGACUUCACGGGACAGUCUUCUAGUCCUCCGGUAGAAGCCGUGACCCAGGACUUGGACAUCCUUACCGACUAUCCCGUCCUCGCGUCACCAGAACCGAUCACUUCGUUCACGACCUCUGACAUCAGCAGUUUAAACAUCGACGAAUCCUUCAUUCUCAAUUUCAGCAACAUCAAUCUGACCAACCUCCUCCCACUAUGGCUUACCUCACCCACUCUACUUGAAGCACUACCCGCAGUACCCGUCCGCGCUGCUGACAUGUUCGGCUCCGCCAUCGUACGCGUACUUCGCGCACAGACCGGGUUCAGUGCAGAAGGUCCUGGUGUCGCCGGCAUGGACGAAGUUCAUCGGACCGACGACGGUCACGCUGUCGGUCUUGUGAAACUUGGCUUGCGCAUGUGCCGCAGGGAAGGUCUGCAUGUACCUGUCAGCUUGAAAGAGGGUGUUGCUUUGGGUGAUGAUGACAUUAUUGCGUUCUCGAAGUGGAUGCUUUGGAUGGGUAUGCGAUGGCUGACACACCGGGAUGUGCUAGUUGGUAUGGCUUGGGCGUUUAUGGAGAUGCACGAAGCGCUGGCUAGAUGUCAACGAGACAUUGCAUUGUUGGAUGAAGAGAGUCUAAAUGUACUGCAAGAGAUCGCGGUCAGAGAGAGAAAAGGGCUUGAAGUCUGCAGAGAAGAGAUCUUCCAAGACCAGAAGCGCAAGGAGGAGUUUAGUAGAGGUCUUUCCACAGCAAGACGAGCGAUCAAAUCAUGUUUCACAUAG